GGUUUUUUUGGGUUCCCAGGGUACGUGGGGGGGAUGAGCGAGGUCCUGGCCCCCCUGGCCGGGGUGGCCCCCGACGAGGCCGAGGCGUUCUGGGCCUUCUGCAGAGUCAUGGAGAGCCUGGGGGAGAAUUUCGGGCCGGGCCGGGCGGGGCUGCGGCGCAGACUGGGAGAACUGGGAGCACUGGUGCGAGUGCUCAACCCCGGCCUGGGGCACCUGCUGGGCCGGGGGUGGCCCCGCCGCCUGUGCUCCCGCUGGCUCCAGCUCCGGGUGCAGCCCCAGCUCGGCCUGGAGGGGACGCGGCGCCUCUGGGAGGUGCUCUGGACGGGGCUGCCGUGCCCCAACUUCCACCUGUUGGUCACCUGUGCCCUGCUGGAGCUGCUCGGGGACACCCUCGGGGACACCCUUGGGGACAGGGACAGCCCUGGGGACACCCUCGGGGACAGUGACAGCGACAGCGACGCGGCCCAGGGGGACACGGACAGCGAGGACAGCGACGGGGACAAGGUGUCCCCUGCGCUGUCCCUGGAGGUGGGGGAGGUGCUCAGCAGGGCCGAGGGGAUCUUCCUGCAGCUGGCGGCCACCAAGGAUCUGCCCCCGGCCCUGCAGGAGCUGCUGGGACUGGGGGGGCCCCAACCCCCCCCGGAGCCGCCCCCCGAGACCCCCUGAGGGACUGGGAGCACUGGGAGGGACUGGGAGGGACUGGGAGGGACUGGGAG